CUUACAUCAUUUUUUUUCAAGCCGUUCAACCACCAUCUGUUGUGCGACAGCGCUUGGCCAAACCCACUUACUUAAAGAAAAGGCUUUGAUAAAAAAAUGAAAAGAAAAACAACUUGUCGAGAAUCAUGGACGGGCGUGAAGUUUUACAUGUACAUUUAUAUCGAUGCUUAAAAUAACACAAUAAGUCCCAUAUGGAUAUACCGUGAAUAUUUUCCUGGCUGCGUCAAUACUUCCUGCUGAAUGUGCAAUAUUUUAAUUCCUUGGGAGUUAUUCGCGCUAAAUACUGCACGUUCCGCUCACAAGUGUGUCUUAAGCGGUCGAAUCCGGGAUAGAUGACAACUUAAGAUGCGUCAAACCACUUAAUAAAGCUUUUAGGCAUUGAGAUCCGCGAAGAUGAAACGCCUUUGGAGCAUUUUAUAUUCUGGAAGCAGUGUUACAUGUUAAUUCUUUGUCACAAAAUAUGAAUAAAGAUUAUAAGAAGAUCUAGCCAGGGUGCGUGUCAGCACAAAACAGUACCACGCAGAAUUCUAAACAACUCUCCCGCAGUGGACGCUAUUGCGCGCAGCGAUCACCGGGCGGUCAAGAAGUUGUCAGACCUUGUUUAUUUUUCUUUUUGUUUUUAUUGAUAGCAUCGGAGUAUGCAUGAAAAACUCGCGGCCUCUCAGAGGGAUUAGGUUUCAAGCAGACAGCAGAAAUCUCUAGACAAGUAAGGACUUUAUAUAUUGACGAUCGCGAUAGGAGCACUAUGGCCGAAGUGUUGGCGAGGCUCGUUGUCUUGUUCCUAUGUCUUUUGAGCCACUUGAUGAUGAGCGAAGCUUUAAACUGCUACCAAGCUCUAGGGGACUGUAAUACCGACGAGAAAUGCACAAGCAAACUGAAGCAAUACGCUAAAGAGUGUGAGAACAUUGUAGACACUUACAAUACUAUGUCAAAUGCGUCCAAGUAUCCUUGCUCCGCUUCGUGUGUAAGAGCGAUCAAAUCGUUGAGACAGACAACGAAAGGGAACGCGCUGUGGAAAUGCAACUGCCUCCUGGAUGCGCAUUGUAUUUCGUUGAAAACGCGCACGGAAAAAUGUCUUGCGAUCGCAAACGGCACGUAUCGCAAACGAAUUGGCUGUACUUACGCGCAUUACAACUGCAUGAAAGACACGAAAUGUCAGGAUGCGCAAAUGGAUUUCUUGAAAAAAUGCGCAAAACUGUUCACGUUGACGGAGUGCACGGAACAGUGCCUAUGUAGUCAGAAACGGCUGUUUGGUUUGGCUGUUGGUCGACCGUUACGGAACUGCGAAUGCGACGGUUCUGACGAGUUGUACUGCCUCGGCCUUCGCGCGCAUGCUGAUCAGAUGAAAUGCAGUUGGAAGAAUAUCAGGCGCUCCAGGAAAAAGUUGAAGAAAAGAUGUAAGCGAUGCAAGCAGAGGAGAAGGGGUGACCGAUGCGGACGACGCGAAAAGCCGAAAAGGAAAGACUGAGUUUUACUUUAUAUCGAAUUUAUUCAACGUAUAUUCUACACAUGGCAAAUCUAACUUCGUGCGCAAAAAAAGACUACAUCGCUUUCGUAAUGGGUAAUAUGUUCAAUUUGUAUUUGUACAGUUUUACGUGCCAAAUAAUUUAACACAACGCCAGCUUUAUAGACGUAUAUGAGCGGUUGAUUUGUAAAAGUUCAAGACCUCGACUUAUUAAAGCGCUACGAGUUAGAUCUGUGUUUUCACAAUUGUUCAUGUCAAAUCAUUUAACGCAACAUCAACUUCACAGACUCGUUCGGAAUGGUUGAAUUGUGAGUCUGUAAUAUAAAACUAAUAGACGCUGACGAUCAUGUACAGAUGGAUUUUUGGUAAACACGUUUUUAAUGUUAUAAAUUAAUGAUUAGAUCGAACCUCUAUUGUCUACAUUAAAUGGUAAAGACAAACGUAUGUCAAAGAAGAUUAAAGUGGACCGCCGCAUUUUGGAUCAUUCUCAUCUCCCAACAUUCUUCAUGUUCAGAAAACGACGCGUCAAAGAGCGCGCAAACGGUAUCUUCAAUAUUGGAAUGUUUGCCAUAGAAAGGCUUGGCUUCGCGUCAAAUCACGCCCGUCUUGCUUUUCAAGACGUUGAAAUUCAUAAAAGUUCCGAACUUAAGAAAAUAAUAAGGUCACGUCCUUACGAAAACAAACGUCAGGGGAAAUUGCUCGAGUGAAUUUCAUAAUGUCCGUUUUUUUUAUGCGCGCGAAUUAUGCAGAUUACGAAUACUGUUUGUCUUUUAACUUUAACUUUAAACGGUCUAAAGAAUGGAUGAUUUACAAGAACACAUAUAUGCCGGUGAACCACAGGAAAUACUAAACUUGAUGAUAUCAGGAGAAAAUGUUGAUUUAAUACAAAAACAUAUGUCAAAGAUUGAGCGAAUUUAAAGAUGCAUGUCAUUGUCAAUAGGAACUCGUUUUUUAUACGUACCGAUUUCCUGCGCAAAACGCAUGUGUUUGCGCUUGCGUUUACGAACUGUACAUUUUAGAGGCGUAGGUGGAUUUCAGUAAGGCGCUAUCAUGUAACAGAUGGCGCUCAACCGACAGCUUUCAGAGUGAGAAAAUAAUGGGAAUUAUUCCAGUAUUUCUAGUGGCCUUGUACACGAUCGCAAAAAAAUAUAAUUGAGAGUUUCCUUGUUGCUACGGAGUGGUUUACACAAUCAAAGUUUCUGUGAUCACAGUAUAGGAAUUUUGCAUAGGUAAAUUCUAAGUUUCGAAGGAUUUGUAAGAAAUGUUUUAUAAACAAACUGAUUCGGUGUUUAUAAACACAAAAUCAGUUCUCUCGAACAUUUCUUACAAAUUCUUCAAAACUUAGAAUUUACCUAUGCGAAAUUUCUAUACUGUGAUAAAAAAACAGUGAAAACCAACAACAUCAGAACUCGACCAACGUCAGCUACAUUGUUAAGCUAAGUCUUUGGCGCAUUGCCAGUCACGUAUUUUCGUAUAUAGAAGUGAAAAACCAUCUAGCAGUCACCACUAUAGAUUAAUAAAUACUUGAAAGAAAUUAAUGCAUGCGUCAGCCAAACUUUUCGUUCAUGAAAUUUGCGCAAGGUUUUUGAAUUUGGUUUCAGAAAGCGUUACAAGACAACAGAUGGUAUGUCAGCUUCUGAAAUGGUGGCAAGGAUAGCAACAAGAAAAUUCAACUACACUUUUCAUUUCUAUAUAAAGUUUGCUUUGCACUAUCAAUUUUCUGUGAUCACUGUAGGAAUUUUGCACAUUCUAUGUUUUGAAGGAUCUGUAAGAAAUGUUUGAAGGAACUGAAUCUUAAAACACUCCCUCAAACAUUUCUUACAAAUCCUUCAAAACUUAGAAUUUACCGACACAAGAUUUCUACUGUGAUCGCAUAAACUUUAAUAAUAGUAUAAACCAGCGUUUAAUUCGCCAUGACUGGCAUGAGAUUCAAGAUUACCACAUAUAAUGAAACGAAUUAGUAUUUUUUUCUCACCCUGAUAACUGCAAGUUGAUUGCCAUCUGUGCACGAUAGUGCUUAGCAAAACGGAACUGUAUACAGACUUGAUUUGUCUCAAGAGCUGCGGAAUUUACAGUUUAUUUUAAGCAACACUUUAUCUUAGAUAAAGUGAUUUCAAAACAUUUCUUUGAUUAUCGUCAGCCACUAAUUUCGUUUUGAAACGAGCUAAAAUUCCUCAACUUUAAUAUUUGUAUACGACUUCGCAAAAUACGACGUAACGCUUUUCUGGCGGCGUGCAUUAUGCUAAUUAGGACGCAAUAUAUAGACCAAACUGUGUAUAUACCUUUGUAAAUAAAUUUAUAUCAACCAUAAGCUAGUCUAUUUUUGGUCAAGUACGCGAUAGAAAUCGUACGCGUCAUUGUGGUUAAGACUUGAUAUAAAACCUGGACUGGAAUCACGGACGCGUUAGUUUGUGGUUUGGAAUUGUGACGCAAUGAAUUAGAUUUAUUGAUGUAUCUCAUAAUUCGUGCGGAAUUUAACACACCAUAGACCGAUUCGAAAGAUAGAUUGUCAUUCUUUUUUCGCCCGAUAUUAAUUUCAAGCCAGGGUAAUCACAGCCGCCUUUAAUAUAGUCAUACUCGGA